UGCACUGCCAUCAUCACACGGAACUGAACACCGCCAUUAACCCCUUCAAAGGUUUUGACUAACUCUCACCAGUUCAACACCCUUUUCGCAGUCUGCGCUUUCGAAAUCUCAGUUGAUCUUUUUCUACUGCUCUUCGCUCUAACAUUUGACUUUCACCUCUAUUCUUUUAUAAUAACAUGGCCAACGACCGCUUAGCAGCGCUGAGGGCGCAACAAAGUGGUGCAAGUCAAAUGAGUUCCAAUUCCUAUCCGACGCAGGCGUCGGGAGGAGGAGGAGGAGGAUAUCAAUCACGAAGAGCGAAUCCAUAUGCGCAGCAAGACGGAGCCUACGAAAUGGCAGAUGUCAAAGAAUCUACCACAAACCUUUCAGGCGGCACUGACGACAUGUCUUCGUUCUACGCAGAGAUUUCUUCUUUACAAGACAGUAUACGAACUUUCAACGAGAAUGUUACCCGAAUUGGAGAAUUACAUUCACGGUCUCUCAAUAACACCGACGACGUCUCAGCUCAAAGAAACGCUGCGCAAUUGGACGAACUCGUUGCCGACACUUCCGCGCUGAGCGCAACUCUCAAACGCCGGGUCAAAGCUUUGGAGAGAACGGCAGGCUCAGGGAGAGAUGGUCAGAUUCGCAAGCAACAGACUGCCCUCGUGAAGUCAAAGUUUGUAGAAGCUAUCCAGAACUAUCAAAAUGUGGAGCAACAAUACCGUACUCGUUACAAACAGCGCAUGGAGAGACAGUUUAAGAUUGUCAAACCCGACGCUUCGCCGGAGGAAGUCAAAGCAGUUGUUAAUGAUGAUAGUGGAGGUCAAAUAUUCAGUCAAGCCUUACUCAACUCGAACCGAUACGGCGAGUCACGAGCCGCAUAUCGUGAAGUCCAGGAGCGUCAUGAAGACAUCAAGCGUAUUGAAAAGACACUUGGUGAACUCGCACAGCUAUUCAACGAUAUGAGCGUUCUUGUUGAACAACAAGAUGAGACCAUACAGAACAUUGAAACAACAGCAGCUACCGUUGAGAAAGAUACAGAGGCCGGACUUAAUUACACCGAAAAGGCGGUUGUGUCGGCGCGUGCGGCACGAAAGAAGAGAUGGAUCUGCUUUAUCAUCAUACUGAUCAUCCUUGCCAUUAUCGGAAUUGUUGUUGGUGUUGAGGUUGCCCGGAACGUCAAUAGUAACAAGAGUAGUUCCUAGAUUCCCCUACAUCUCUCGCUUGUACAUAUUCUCCUUCAAUCGUGCUUUCUUCUCAUUUCGGACUUAUGAUAAUUCGGACUCGUUCUCAGACAUUACUAUCACAACAUACCAUUCGC